AUGAUUUGGGUGUGCUGGGUGAUUUUCCUUCAAGCAGUCACUUGGAUUCCCACAUGUGCCUCUCGCAAGAUAUGCUCCGGGACCGUUGAGAAGCUCCUCGACUUGCCAGCAGGGUGGUCCACGGGUGGACCAGCCGAGUUAUCCACGAACCUGACGCUCCGGCUCGAGAUCAAGAGCCCAGGCACGAGUACACUGGAGACGAGUGUGCUUCAAGUGUCUACACCAGGUCAUCCUCGGUAUGGGAAGCAUAUGAAACGGGAUGAAGUUGCUGACCUUUUGCGACCGGACCCCAGUGUCCUUGACAUGGUUUUGACAUGGUUGUCUACUGAAGGCGUGUCUGAAGAGACACUUUACAUACGCGGAAAUUGGAUCGCCUUUCAAGCAACGGUGUCUCAAGUGGAGAGACUGCUUCGCACUCAAUUUUUCUAUUAUCACAGCGUCACCAGCCAACGGUCUUUGGUGAGAACACUCGAGUAUUCGGUGCCGUGUGAGAUUCUCCCUCAUGUGCUAUCAAUCCAGCCAACGACAAGAUUUGGAGGGGUUCAGGCUCAAAAGGGCCGAAACCUGUCUAAACGUGCGGGACUACCGCUUGACCAGCCGAUUGUGGCCACGGCAAAGGAUCUCGUCGCGGAGUGUGGUAUCGUGAUGCGGCCUGAUUGUCUUCGAAGCCUGUAUGGUUUGGAGGGCAGAGUAGCAUCACCCGAUACUCGGAACCGUCUAGGGGUCUCGGGAUUUCUAGACCAAUACGCUCGUCAUGCUGAUUUCCAUGACUUCAUGCAUCAUUUCUCUGCAGAUGCAUCGUGUUCUGGCUUUGAGGUUGUGUUCAGCAACGGAGGGAUGAAUCCGGAAAACUCUUCGGCCAGUAGCACAGAGGCCAGUCUUGACAUACACCUUUCCGACCACGAGCUCCCUGCGGUGCUUACCACUUCAUAUGGAGAGAUUGAGCAAAGUGUCCCCGCAACGUAUGCAAGAUCGGUGUGUGGUUUGUUUGCACAGCUGAGCGCCCGGGGCGUGUCGGUAAUCUUUAGUAGCGGAGACUCUGGUGUAGGCGGUUCAUGCCUCAGCAACGAUGGGACCAACCAGACCAGAUUUCAGGCCAUUUUCCCCGCGUCUUGUCCGUUCGUCACGGCCGUAGGGGGAGUUGAAGGCAUUGACCCUGAAGUCGCCAUCGAUUUCUCGAGUGGAGGCUUCUCGGACAUUUUUCCUCGUCCACAUUACCAAGAUCACGCAGUGAGUGACUACCUUGGCCGCCUCGGCAGCAAAUGGAAUGGGUACUACAACGCUCGUGGAAGGGCAACUCCCGACGUCGCGGUUCAGGCAAAGAACUUCAUCAUUCGGGACCAUGAGACUUGGCUGAAAAUCAGUGGAACGAGUGCAGCUGGGCCGGUCUUUGCGGGAAUAGUAUCACAACUGAACGCGAUCCGACUGGAGAACGGGAGACCUCGCAUGGGAUUUCUGAAUCCAUGGCUUUAUAGCAUCGGACGGACAGCAUUCACAGAUAUCACAGAGGGUGUAACGGGAUUAGGAACGCCUCUCUUUCCAAUGAUGGCGGAAUUGGCCCUAUUGGACGAGGAAGUCGCUUGGACCAAUGGCGCAAAGGAAAUCAUCUCUUUCAUGAUCACAUUGGGCGAAUCCAUAAAUAGGGAUCCCAAUCUCCAUACUCGUCCGGUCAUCACAGUAAUAAUCCGUCUGGGCAAUCACGUGGACGUUCGGCUGACCGCCCACCGCGGCAGCUCCGUCAUGGCCGCGCCUUCACCUUCUAAGCUGUGCUUCAAAGUCCAGCACAACACAUCAACGCCGUCCUGUCAUUGCAUUCAGCCAGCUUCGCAGACGUCCUCUCCACAUCCAAAUCUGCCGUCCGCACUUUUUCUCUCAGACUCAUCAGCCCCCAUGACAGACCUCAAGUCCAUUGUUCCCGAGCUGCAAAACGCUCUGGAGCGGAAGCAGCUUGACGCCGCGAACAACCUCCUCAGCCAAGCCAAGCGAGCCCUCCUCACCCAAAAUGCCCUCAUUCCAACCUCUUCAACGCCACCUCAACUCGUCGCUGUUGCUCGACAAGUGCUUGAGCUUGGUGCCCUAGCUUCCAUCCGGCAGACCGAUGCUCAGUCCUUCACACGUUACUAUCAGCAGCUCCAGCCAUUCUAUGACUUGGAACGACACUCUGGACUCCCCGGACAGGACUCUGCGAAUUUGGACUUUAGCACCAGCCAGCGGAGUAAGAUCACAGGUCUAUAUCUGCUUCUGCUUUUGAGCAUGGGUGACAGCGCCAACUUCCACACGGUGCUGGAGGGAUUGGUUGAAGAGGCUAGCCUGAAGGGCGGUCGUGUGGAAGACGACGCAUAUAUCAAGUACCCGGUAGAGUUGGAACGGAAUCUGAUGGAGGGAAGCUACGACAAGGUGUGGCGCGAGACAAAGUCGGAGCGUGUACCAUCCGAGGACUUUGGUUUAUUCUCCAAUGUUCUCGUCGGCACCAUCCGCAGCGAGAUUGCAGACUGCUCCGAGAAGGCGUACCCUUCCCUCCCCAUCUCCAACGCCAAGAACCUGCUUUUCCUCGAGUCUGAAGGGGCAGUCAUCGAGUUUGCUCAACAGCGAGGCUGGAUUCUUCGUGAUGGACGGAUAUACUUCCCCGUUGAGCCCGAAGCGGCGACGAGAUCGGAAAAGGAUAUCCUGGUGGCCAGUGGCACUGUGAUCGAGAACACACUUGGUUACGCUCGCGAGCUAGAGACUAUCGUUUAA